UUGAAAAAGAGAAGAAUAGAUGGAGGCGGAAAAGGUUGCUGUGAAAAUUUUUCCAUUUCAGAUCAUUGGUUGAAUGAUCCCAAAAAGAAGAACUUGUUGUUUUCUGUUGUUGCAAUAGGACAACUGUUGGGAACUCUUCCUAUUAUUCUCCUUAUGCGAAAAAUUGGAUUUAGGUACAUCUUCCCACUUUACGGAAUCUUAACAGCCAUUGCGACACUAGCAACUCCAUUAGCUGUCGAGCUAGGCCAUCUUUUCGUUGCAGUGAUGAGGAUCCUGGCAGCCGUCAUUGCAUUGCCACUGGCUGGUGUAUUUUGUGAGUUACUCGGUUGGAGAUCGUUGUAUUGCUUGCUAGGAAUAUUUGGCUUUCUUUCGACAGUGUUGUUAAGGGUGGUGAGUGCGAAAGAGCUGAGGGUUAUCAGGACUGGCAAAGAAGGUGUGCAAGUACGAGGGCCGGUGCCAUACAUGGCGAUUUGUAAGGAUCCACGUAUACAUGCGAUAUUGCUCUUGGCUAUUGGUGUCGCAGUUUUAUAUACAAUUCAGGUUAUGGGUAUCCAUGUCGCUAAUACUGGAGUCUUGACUGCUCUGCCUCAGGCGCUCGGCAUAGCACUGAAAUUAAUCUUAGGACCAGUUUUCGAUAUCUCAACAUUUAUAUCCGAGCGGAGCCGACUGCUUAUCCUCGCGUUCUUGACGCAAGGUAACCCGGGUGAGGUGCUGACACAAGUCGCAUACUGUGCCCUAUGCGCCUUUAUUGGCUCGAACGCCGUCGGUGGGUUGAAAUGUGUGGCACGACAGCACGUACAUUUCGUGCUGGUGUGCGUGACCAUCGGCGAGUGCGCAACAGCGUUCGUAGUCCCAGCUAUCGUUGCAAUCGCCUGCCCUCAUAAUACGAUACAAGAGGUGAGCCAUAACGUAUUCCUCGUUAUAAGCACCAUUCCAUAUAUGUUUCUGGCCACCAGCGAACCAGCGCCAUGGACGAAAUCAACACCGUCUUCGACGUCAGACAUGAUUCGAACUUCUCAGCCCCAUAAUGCGAUAGCGAAGUAG